AUGGCCGAGGAACAGAAGAACAUCGAGGUCCCCCAGGAGGCCAAGCCUGAGACCACUGGCAUCUCUGCCCCUGCCGUCGAGGCUCCCGCUGAGACCAAGCCUGUCGAGGAGACCCCCGUUGUCGCCGCCGAGACCGCUCCCGCUGCCGAGGAGAAGCCUGCUGAGGAGGCCAAGCCCGUUGACGAGGCUGCUAAGACCGAGGAGGAGAAGAAGGAGGAAGAGGCCAAGCCUGUUGAGGAGGGCCACCUGAACCACAAGGCUCAGGGCCUGAGCUUCCCCAAGAACCUUAUCCCCACCAAGGAGUUCUUCUUCUUCGGCACUGACGCCGUCGAGCCCAAGACUCUCUCCCACUACCUCAAGAGCGAGAAGUCCACUGAGACUGCUCACUCUAACAUCGCCUGGGCCUCCGAGACUGGCAAGGGUCUUCUCUUCGUUGGUGACAAGAAGAAUCCCUCAAGCGUCAUUAGCCUGGCUGAUGCCACCGAGCCCGAGAUCGACGGCUCUAACAAGUUCCAUCUCACCUCCAAGGGUAACAAGCACACCUUCAAGGCUUCCAACACUGCUGAGCGCGACAACUGGGUUGCCCAGCUGAAGCUCAAGAUUGCUGAGGCCAAGGAGCUUGCCACCACUGUCACUGAGUCUGAGACCUACAAGGCCACUCUUGAGAGCUUCAAGCCUGCCAAGAAGGAGGAGAAGGUCGCUGAGGCCCCUAAGGAGGAGACCGCUGCCCCUGCCCCUGCUACCGAGGAGGUUGCUCCCGCUACUGAGGAGACCGCCAAGGUUGAGGAGCCCACUGAGGCUAAGGUCGAGGAGCCCAAGCGCCGAUCUGCUAGCCGCAAGCGCACAUCUUUCUUCGGCUUCGGCAAGAAGGAGGAAGCCAAGAAGGAAGAGGUCAAGAAGGAGGCCGAGACCAAGAACGCUGACGAGGUCGCUGUCGAGACCCCUGCUGCUGAAACCCCCGCUGUCGACGAGGUUCCCAAGGCCGAGGAGCCCGCCAAGCCCGUCGAGGAGGUUCCCGUCGUUGCCCCUGUUGCCGUCGAGGAGUCUGCUAAGCCCGCUGAGGAGACACCUGUUGAUGCUGCCCCUGUCGUUGAUGACAAGGCCCUCGAGAGCCCCAAGGAGAAGCCCACUGCCAUCAAGCGCAACAGCUUCUUCGGCAACGUCUUUUCCAAGAAGGAGAAGAAGACCCCCGAGCUCAAGCCUACUGAGCCUGAGACCACCAAGGACGAUGCUGAGGCCGAGACCACUGCUCCCGUGAUCCCUCCUGUUGAGGCCACCACCCCUCUUGCCGUCGACGUCUCCAACCCUGCCACCGUCCCUACUGAGACCACCGAGGCUGCUACCGCCACCUCUCCCGCCCCUGAGGUCAAGAAGGACCUCAAGGAGAAGCGCAAGUCAUCUCUGCCUUUCGCCUUCGGCAAGCGUGACAAGUCCCCUGCCCCCGUUGAGGGUGAGAAGAAGGAGUCUCCUUUCUCCAAGCUCCGCAACACCAUCCGUGGCAAGUCCCCCAAGCCUGCUGAGAAGCGCGAGGAGAACAAGGAGGAGACCGUCCAGGAGGAGCCCACCGAGGUCAAGGCUGAGGAGUCCAAGACCGAGGAGACCCCCAAGGUUGAGGAGCCCACUGAGGCUGAGAAGCCCAAGGACGCUGCCGCUGCUCCCGUUGUCACCGCCGCCGCCUAG